UUGUGAUUGGACCACAAAGGAAGAGGCAGGCGGAUGAUAUGGCAGCUUUAUGAGCGGCCAGGUGGAACUCGCUUUGUGUUGAAUUCGCCUUAACAGCCGCGACAUGACGUCGAUGUAACGAGGCGUCGGACACGAUAAUCAGAUCCCUAGAGAAGAUGCUGUACUUGGUGUUAAUCUCGGCGUUUACCGGGGCGGUGGUGACGCUGCUGCUGCAGCUCGCGCUGCUGUACCGGAGGUCCCCGGAGCCCGUGGCGCGGACGGUGCAGUACGUUAAAGCGGUACCGGAUCCGGUGCUGAAGGAUUACUUUACAAAUCCGCAGCAACCGGACGCGUCCAGACAGCCGGCGGACGGUGCGUGUCCUGGGCCUCCUCCUCCUUCUCCUCCUCCUCCUCCUCUUCUUCCUCAUCCACAGGAUGAACCGGAGACAUGCGGCUUCCUCAACGCGAUCUUCUUGUUCCUUUUCCGGGAGCUGCGCGACACGCCGGUAGUCCGUCACUGGGUCACCAAGAAGAUCCGUGUGGAGUUCGAGGAGCUGCUGCAGACCAAGACUGCGGGCCGCCUGCUGGAGGGUCUGAGCCUGCGCGACGUGUCGCUCGGAGACUCCGUGCCCGUGUUUAAGACGGCGCGUCUGGUCAGACCCGUGCAGCUGGACGACAGCGGCAUGCCCGAGGAGCUCAGCUUCGAGGUGGACCUGGAGUACGCAGGCGGCUUCCACCUGGCUGUCGACGUGGACCUGAUGUUCGGAAAGUCCGCCUACCUGUUCGUGAAGAUGCGGCGUGUGUCCGGGCGCCUGCGCCUGCGCUUCAGCCGGCUGCCCUUCACACACUGGUCCUUCUCCUUCGUCGAGGACCCGCUGGUCGACUUCGAGGUCAAGUCUCAGUUUGAGGGCCGCCCGCUCCCUCAACUCACCUCCAUCAUUGUCAACCAGCUCAAGAGGGUCAUCAAGAAGAAACACACGCUCCCUAACUACAAGAUCAGGUACAAACCGUUCUUUCCCUUCCAAGUACAGCCGACGCCGGAGCCAGACUUCUCUGUCCAGGAUGAGCGGUUGGUGGAGGGACGCCUCCGUGUGACGCUUGUUGAAUGUAGCAGAUUGUUUAUUCUGGGCUCAUAUGACCGGGAGACGUACGUCCACUGCACUGUCGAGCUCAGCAGCCACGAAUGGAAGGAAAAACCUCGCAGCUCCAUCAAACGGACCGAGGUAAUUAAAGGUCCGAAUGGUAGUGUGGGGAUGACGUUCCGACACGUUCCAGCAACUGAAGGAGAUGUGGUGCAUGUAAGCAUUGAGACGGUGACUCCUAACUCCCCUGCUGCACAGGCUGACCUGCAAAAAGGAGAUCGCUUAAUUGCAAUCGGAGGAGUCAAAGUAACAUCCUCUGUCCAAGUGCCAAAGCUGCUAAAACAAGCUGGAGAUCGAGUGAACGUUCUGUACGAGAGACCAGUCAGACACCAGGUGCCUACAAUGGGCUUGGGACCCCUUCAGGACACCCUGGGUCCCUUGGAUGAAUCUGCAUACCCUGUGGCUGGGGGUUAUGAGGAGGACCCUGCCCAUAUUUCCACCAUAGACCUAACUGAUGGGAAAGACAAUGACUCAGAGUUUGAGGAACUGAUAGUGGAGUCCAAAACAUCUGUAGUUCCAGUCAUGGCAGAAGCUAAAGAGGAUACUUUACUUUCUGUAAACCAAAGCCCUAAAAAAACUGUAGCCAAUCUGGCCUCCAAGCCCCUGGGUACCAUCUCACCAAUUCUUAACCGCAAGCUUAACUUGGCUGGCCUUCAAUCACCACUUAAACCCCAGCCUAAAGAGUCACCAAAGCCCUCACCACUUAAGAGUGCAGAAUUAUCUGAACCACCACAGAGGCCAACAGUGCCCCCACCUCCACCGCCUGUGCGUCCGCCUGUCCCACCUAGGCCCCAAAUAAAAGUGACAUCUCCGUCCACAUCCAGUGAAUCCCAAAACAUGGAAGGAACAGACUCUAUUGUAGAGAAACCCCCAGAAAAAUCUCCCCCAGGUGCAAGCAAUGGAGAGAAACCUAUAUCUGAGAAAAGUCCCACAAAAGCUCCUGAGAUAAAGCCUGUAACCAAACCUGUAGAGUCAAAUGAUGAACUCCAAACAAACCCCAUAACCAAUAAGCAAGAUGUGAUCAAAGACAAAAUAACUGAGAGUGCAUUUAACAUAAAAGACAGUAUGGACGAGCAGGGUCUCUGGGAGUCAUCUGAGGCUAUGUUCCGCAACAGAUAUGGCCACUGGAGCAAGGCCUCAGUAGUCUUUGAUGUGGAAAGCAACCAUAAAUACCUUAAUGUAGCACUGUGGUGCAAGGAUCCCUUUAAGCUAGGUAGUCUCUUAUGUUUGGGCCAUGUUAGCUUGCAUUUAGAGCAUAUAGCUUUGGAAUGCUUGUGUAUUUCUUCUGCAGAAUACCAGAGCACCUUCCGUUUGUGUGCCCCCGAACCAAGGGCCAGCGUCAGUCGCACUGCACUUCGUAGCCUUAGCACACACAAGGGCUUCAACGAGAAGCUGUGCUACGGAGACAUCACACUUAACUUCACCUACCUGGGGGAGGGAGACUCAGACCUGCCUAGUGGAGUUCUUGAGAGGGAGGGGAGUAUACAAGAAGAAGAGCUAAAGGAUCGUGAUCGAGAAAGGGACAAUAUGCCGGCUCUAUCCCGGGAGGAUCUAAAUUACAGCUCCAUGCGGCUUGAGGUUCGACACAACUUUCAGGACACGCAGUUUCAGAAUCCCACUUGGUGUGACUACUGCAAAAAGAAGGUUUGGACCAAGGCUGCAUCACAGUGCAUCACCUGUGCCUACGUCUGCCACAAGAAGUGCCAGGAGAAAUGUCUUGCAGAGCAUCCUUUCUGUGUGGCUAUUGCCGACCGGCGAAGCGCAGACCCUGAAGCAAAGUCCACCAUCAACCGGGCAACCACUGGUCUCACUCGACACAUCAUCAACACCAGCUCCCGUCUGCUCAACCUGAGGCAGGUUCCUAAAGCCAGGCUAGCAGAACAGGCAGCAGAGGUUGGUCCUGGAGUGGUAGAACGUUCCCCAAAACACACACCCAACACCUCAGACAAUGAGAGCAGUGACACAGAGACUUAUAUAGGGGCUAGUCCUUCAAAACAUCCAUCAACCAGUGGUGGCACAAAGCUGGCACGCAAAGAGGGAGGGUUAGAUGACAGCGUGUUUAUCGCAGUGAAGGAGAUUGGACGUGAUCUGUAUCGUGGUCUCCCUACAGAUGAGCGAUCGCAAAAGUUGGAACUGAUGCUGGAUAAGCUCCAGCAGGAGAUUGACCAAGAGCUGGAGCACAACAACUCGCUGAUUUCUGAAGAGAAGGAAGCAACCGAUGCUCGCCGCAAAGCCCUGAUCACUUCAGCUCUGGCCAAGUCAGGUGAACGGCUUCAGGCUUUGACUCUGCUAAUGAUCCACUAUCGUGCUGGCAUAGAUGACAUAGAGUCCAUGGAGUGCACCUCGCUGUCUGAACAGCAUGGCUUUCCAAAGUCAAAAGUGGAGGUUCUUGAGGAGGACCUGAUAAGUGCAGAAGUGUAUGACAGUGACGUUUGUAGCCCAGUGGAUGUACAGAGUCUAAACGACAUUAGUGAGGAACAGAUUUGUGUGGAAGCGUUGCCACGUUAAAGAAUGCAACACACGAAGUGCAAAACAAAUUUGACACUUGCAGCGUUUUAUUGCGAGGUUUUUGGGGACUGUAUAUGACCGACUGGCAAUGGAAUCGUUUAUGAAUGUGAGGUUUGCAAUAUAAGUUAUUUUACCCAGAAAUAUAUAAAAAUUCUCUCCUUUGGGGAAUUUUUUGUGGUCAUUAUCAGACUUUAUUUCUUAUUUGUCUUUUUUGUCUAUUUUUUUUCCUUAACCUGUCUUAACUGUGGUCCCAAUCCAGUCAGUACGGUGAAUCAAUGCAAUGUCUCAAAAAUCCAACUUUUAGGUCAGUAUUGGAAUUAAUCUUUAUUGAUGUAGAUCAAACCGAGCCUUCCUGCCUUGGCUGAAAGGGGAAGCACCACUUUGUGUAGUAAUAAAACAUGAUCGGCUUUACGCAGGGGGGGGAUUACUCCAUUUUGUAGCAUCAGUGUUACUGAUAAUAUUUAGGGUUGAAGAAUACCAGGGUGGCCUGCUUUGGUGUGAGCUUUGCACCUUUUGCUUUCAACCAUCUGCUUCGAACCAGGAGGAUUUAGCCAAGUACUAGAACUUUAAAUCUUAAUAUCGGUUCAGUGUGGAGCCCCACCCUCAGCCACACCCUCAGCCACACCCCCAUGGUUGUCUAGUGUCAUUCUCCAAUUUCCAUUUUUCUCUCAAUGUGAGCACUUUUUAUUGUAAUAAUUUCUUUUUGAAAAUAUUCUAGAAAAGUCAUUUGUCUGUUGUUUCAUUUUAAUACAUCUAUCUGUGUUAAAUUAAAUCGCAAGGGAAUUAUUAUAGGAAAAAAUAGCUAAUGAUAGCUUUUUUGGGGGGCCAUGACUUUAUUUAAUUUUUUUUUUGGUGAAGUCUAAUGAAUUCUAAUUUUGUUGAAUUCUAAUGCCAAACAAAUGUGACAAAUCACCAUUGUUUUAUUUCGUGUUAUGUUGGACAUCACGUUAAUGAUAAUAUAUUUUGAUGAAAUAUUUUUUUCUUUGUGUCUUUUCAGGAUGUCCCUACAAUUGUUUGUUUGCACCUUUAGAAAUAUGAAAAUUGACGGUAGAAUUUUUCACUAAAAAGCCUUUGAAAAGGACCAAGUAAUACGAUUUGGUUGUUCACUUUAGAUUUAUUUGUAAGCUUAGCUACUUUUAUAUUUACAAUUUCAAAGCUUAAUUUCUUUCAGAUCUGUUCAAAGCUUAUUUCGUACAACGUCGAUUAUAUUAGCGUGUGUAUUUCAAAUGAACUGUAGAAAAUGUUUGAAGUUCAUUUAAAGCAUUACUUUGGUCUUCGGUUUAGUAGAGAGAAAAAGCUUGAAUAGAAGCAUGGAGGAAAAAACACACUGAAAUCAUCACACUGCAGGCCUCAGACAACUAAUGGUGUAGUGUUAACAGCAGAUUCUUUAUUUUCUUUACUUAACUAUGCUACAAUUCUGUACAUUAAAUAUCAGCAUACUCCUGAGGCCAGGGAUGUCUAACUCUAGCCUCAAAAAGUAGCAUAGACGGAAUAGCUACUGUAUGGUACCAUUUUUUUCACUUGUAUAACAGAUGUGUGCUGGUCUGACAAAACCAUUUGCAAAAACAAAAAACAAACAAAAAUAUUUCCACAUCGUUUUAAAAUAUAUACUUUUUUUUUUUUUUUUUUUUUUAAAUAUGUUAAGAAGAAAAUGCAAUUUUUGCCCAAACCAGAUUAUUUUUAUUAACCACUUUAUUAACAAAGUAAUUAACUAAUCAAAUGGGUUUUACUCAAACCACCAAACAUGUAUGUUGUACAAACUGAGGUCAGUGCUCAGAGGUGAGAGAAUUGCCUCAGAUGAGUGAAGAAAAUUUCUUUUAAAAUGAAAUGGAGGAUUGAAAACCUUCAUGGAUAUCUUAAAUACACAAAUGAAGCACACAAGGACAGAGCUUAGUAUUUAUAAUGUGUAAUGUAGUGGACAGACCUGCUACCCUUUCAGCCAUUUUUACCCUUUCUGCUCUAUACUCAAUAUUUUCCAUAGGGGUCUGUUUUAGCCUGGGGCUAAAGCGUCACUGGGAGCUUCUUGGCAUCGUUCUUGGUUUUGUUCGUGUCUCGUAGCUAUUGGCUGCAACAAUGACCCUGUGCUUCUUUCUCUCUCUGACACACACACAGACGCACACAGACACACACACCAAAAGCUUUAUCUCUCAAGUUCUCUAUAGUGUUCCUCACAGUGAUGAUCGUGUUUGGCUAAGCUAAUUGUGGUGAAACAUUUUUGCAAGAGCUGUCGUCCUCAUCUGAAGCUGAGUCAUGUUUCUUAAGCAGCCAGUUUUAAUCAGAUUCCUUGUUCAUGCCUGUUUCUUCAAACCUGAUUUGUGGGUACACAAGCUUCCGGAUGCUUCUGCCUGUGAAUACAAGUUAAUAUGAAAUGUAAAAAAGAUUGAAUUGGAUAUGAAGAACAGAAAAAACAACACUGAUUUAAACUUCCUGCAUAAACAUGGACCUUCGUGCUAUUGUAAAUAGCCUAAACUAAGAUGGUCGCUGCAAACCCAACCCUCUAAUACUUCACAGUAAGCUGGCUUAUUUUUCGUUAUUAUUGUUGUCGUCUUUGCUUCCGAUUAAAAAACAAAAGUUAUGUUUAUGUUUAAAAUGUGGUUUUAAGGACAGCUGCUGAAGUACUGCACAGCUUUGUAUCGUGAUGCAGGAACUUUACACAAUGACAUAUCAUAUUUGCUUAUGCACUUGAGAUACAAAAUAAAUUGUUAAAA